AGGAGGAUGAGCUCAGCUCCGCCCCCUUCCUCUCUCAGCUAUAAAUAAGGGCUGGGGUUUUUUGCUCCUCUCACUUCUCUUGAAGGAUGAGAUCCCUGAAACAUCUUAAACAUCACACCAGGAGUAAUGUGGAAGAGCAAGAGGUUCCUCUUGUGCAUUGCUAUUCUAAAGUGAUGGAGCAUGCAGUAGAUGCCGGCACUCAGACAGACCCAGUGGUGGUUCUGUCUCUGGCCCAGGCUGCUGUGCUGGGCCUCAUAUCGCAGAACGAAAUCUUCGGAGCCACCAUCGCCCCAAAUGGCUUCUACACGGGUGAGACACGUGACGGGCCUCCUCCCACUGGAGAAUCCAUGGAGUAUGAAUAUACAGAUCAAUUAAUUGGGGCCAAUGGAGACUAUCUCUCUCAGCCUAAUGGGGUGCACAGGAGGCCAGAAGUACAUUAUGGGGCCGAGCGCAAGCACCAUGGGAGAACCAAGAGGCCUCAGAGUAAGAGUGAGCCAGAGGACUCCACAGAGAGGUCUCCAGACACACUGACUCAGGUGAAAGGAGAGAGACCUGACUUCACUAGCUCCUGUUCUCAGCAAACAGAAAAUGAGCCAGAAGUGUUGGACCUAGCACCUAACAGAGCGGUGAUGAAGGAAGAAGAGUGUAACAAAGGCUCCCCUGAGUACCCGAAGGAGCCAAGCAGCCAAAAGGUUGACGCUGACUGUGACACUCAGACUCUGGCCCAACAAAGCCCUGCAGGGCAUGGAAAGGGACUGGCAGAGUCCUCUGAGGAAGGGCCUGGAAAAGAGAAGGAACAGGAGGAGGAGGAAGAGGAGGAGGAGAGAGCACUGAAUCUGAAAACCUCAAAGGAGAAUGUGAGCCCUGUAAUGAGGCGCUACUUUGAGUCCAGUGUGAUGGCAUAUGAGUCUACCGAGAUGGGCUUGUCGGGUGAUUAUGAGGAGGGCAGUCAGGCCAUGAUGUGGGCGGAUGGUGAGAACUCAUUGGGUCGACGCAUGCAGAUUGACCGCCUAGACAUCAAUGUGCAAAUAGACGAGUCAUACUGCGUCGAUGUGGGCGAAGGCCUCAAGCGAUGGAAGUGUCGUAUGUGCGAUAAGUCCUACACCUCUAAAUACAACUUAGUAACACACAUUCUUGGUCACAACGGCAUCAAGCCACAUGAGUGUCUGCACUGUGGCAAGCUCUUCAAGCAGCCCAGUCACCUGCAGACACACCUGCUUACACACCAGGGCACACGGCCACACAAGUGUACCGUCUGCAAGAAGGCCUUCACCCAAACCAGCCACCUUAAACGGCACAUGUUGCAACACAGUGACAUCAAGCCUUACAGCUGCCGCUUUUGUGGUCGGGGCUUUGCCUACCCCAGCGAGCUGCGCACUCACGAGACCAAACAUGAGAACGGACACUGUCACGUCUGUACGCAGUGCAGCUUGGAGUUUCCCACCCAUGCCCACCUCAAGCGUCACCAGGUCAGCCACCAGGGCCCAACCUCUUUCCAGUGCACCGAAUGCCACAAGUCCUUUGCCUAUCGAAGCCAACUUCAGAACCACCUGAUGAAGCACCAGAAUGUCCGUCCAUAUGUCUGCUCGGAGUGUGGUAUGGAGUUCGUGCAGAUCCACCACUUGAAGCAGCACAUGCUAACACACAAGGUACUGACACAGCAGGCCCUCGAACACAAGGGUAUGAAGGAAUACAAAUGUGACGUGUGUUCGCGCGAGUUCACUCUCUCAGCCAAUCUAAAACGCCACAUGCUGAUUCACACCAGCGUGCGCCCUUUUCAGUGCCAUGUCUGCUUCAAGACAUUUGUCCAGAAACAGACACUAAAAACACACAUGAUUGUUCACUUGCCUGUGAAACCUUUCAAGUGCAAGGUGUGCGGGAAGUCCUUCAACAGAAUGUAUAACCUGCUAGGUCACAUGCAUCUUCAUGCCGGUAGCAAACCCUUCAAGUGCCCUUACUGCAACAGCAAGUUCAAUUUGAAGGGCAACCUUAGUCGACACAUGAAGGUGAAACAUGGAAUCCUGGACACCUCAACUGAAGGACAUGAUGCCCUGCCUGAUGUAGAGGGUCAGGAAGAUUACGAGGAGGAGAGCUUUGAUUACAGCGAGAGGGAAAAUCUAGCUAGCAACAAUGCACAAGACUUGGCCAAAAUGGCCAAAAUUAGCUACUACAACUACACCAAGGUGGCUGCACGUUACAACACUGCUUAAGUGGCUGACUGAGAUACUAAGAUACAGUUUAAGGGAAAAAAGCUGUCAUGGACAUUUAUUUAGUACUCUUAGCUCUGACAUUAGACACUGAGGAAAUAGCCAUCAUGAAUGGGUGUGCACUGGAAGCCAUUUUGGCUCAGCUUGAUAACAGCUUCGUUUGAACAAAAGAGUAAUUUUACAUAAGGGCCUCUCCUGAAAAAUAGAGACAAUGCUUAUAGGUACUGUUCAUUUUGAAACAAAAGUUUUCACUUCUGUGGAACUCAAAGAGAUGGAGAAAGAUGUAAUGAAAGUGAAUGGUGACUGAGGAUAACAUUCUCUCUAAAUCUCAUUUUGUGUUCCAUGGAAAAAAGAAAGUCAUACGUGUUUGGAACAACAUUAUCAGGCUAAAUGAUGACAGAAUGUUAAUUUUUGGCUGAAUUAUCUUUUUUUGAUAAGAUAAUUUCUGAGACAGAGUAAGUGUUGCAGAGUCAACGAUAUGAACAGACAUAAGGAGGCACUUCUAUACAGACAAUCCAUAGCUCUUCACAAUUUGAAGACACCAAGUUUAUGAUGCAACUUUUGACAUUAUUGAACAUACCUUGUUGGUGGUUUUACUGUCCAUCAAGUUAGGGACUAUUUAUAGGACUUAAUCAAAGCUGACAAAGUGCCAAUAGUUCUCAUUACAUUUUAACUUCCCCAACAUUGUUUUAGUUAGCUUUAAAUACACUGUGACUUUGUUCAAACUCUUACUCUCUUAUUUGUUUUUGAUGGACAUAUAUUGUUUGUAGCUCACAGUGGGCUGAUUUAGUUUGUGGGAGUGCCUGUUUUUUUUGUGGGCCUGUCCAUGCAAUUUUGCUGUAUGGCCUUCUGGACAUAGUGCUUUGUUUUACCAUAAUUAUUGCAAAUAGUAUUUAUUGUUCAUUAUGUCUUGGCAUUCACAAGUGUAAAUACAUUGAUAUUUAAGCCCAAUGUUCCAGAUGAAUAGAUGUUAUUUCAAUUUUAAAAAAAUAUUGAGAAGAAAAAAAAGGUAUUUCUUUAGCUUAUUUUAGAUGAAUGUAAUAAUACAAGCUAAGGAUUGUCUAUUUAAAGAGUACCAUUUCACAGAGCCCACGUGUCAGACAAAAAGCUUAAGAAACAGUUUAAAAAGUUAAAUCUGAAAUCCUGUUUUUGUGAAUAUCACUAUAGUUCACAAUCUGUUCUUUACUACGUUUUACUAAUCCAUUUCAUUUUUAAAAUGUGGAGAUCUUGCCCUUUUUAUUUGUGUGUGUGUGGCUUAAAUGACCUUAUUCCAGACAUCAUCCAUUUUAAUCUUUUUGGAAAGAAAACCUUGUAACAUGUACCGCAUCUUUCCCAAAGUCACCAGUACUGGUUGGAAUUGAUGAGGAUGCCCUAAAAACACUGGACAAAAGUAUUAACUGCCCUUGUGUGUGCAAGAGAGUGUUUCAUCCAUCAUUCCUGCAUCAAGCUCAGAAGUGAUGAACGACAGUCUGUCUACAUGUGACAGGGCCUGAGACCCAGCAGAGAAUGAUUGGGGAAAUUCACCAUGUAUUCUCUAUUUCCCUCUCUGCUUAGUUUCAAACUGACACAGUAUAGUCUAGCUACAGUAGGCAACUCAAAAUGUUAAUGUGUAACAUAAGACAAAAUGUUUGGUGGAUUUUGAAGUGUUGUAUGCUUACAUUUUGGGCUUUUAGUCUAAGCUAGGCAUGAGUUUUUAGUUUGUAUAAGCUUUCAAUUAUUUUGUUGCACACCAAUGUGAAUAUAAUGUUGAUAAAUGUCUGUUAACCAUUGUGCUAUGGACAUUAUUCUAAAUUAAUACAUUUAUUUGCCUUUAUA